AACAAGCAAACAAAGAAUGAAUAACCGAUAUAGAAGGCGACUCGUAGCACUUUUUACUUACAUUAUUGGCUUCUCUCUGAUCUUUUCUUGUACUGGUUUAAAAUCUAAACACAAGAAACUGCAGCGACGCUCAAUAUCGAAAGACAUCAAAAGUUGCAAACAUUGGAAGUUCGAGACCGCAGACGACCCACACUUUGCGGAUAUCAGUGUGAAGCUACAUAACGCGGCUCGUUCGACGAAAAAGAUGUCUGUGGCCUUACAAUGUACGGCAAUGACUAAACUACAGGAGCCAAAGUCAGCCUUUAAGGUUCCAGCGCGCCAUACAAGCCGCUUUGCUUUCAGGAUUGCUGUUGCAUCUAAGUACUACCACAAGGACCGAACCGUGCGUAAAUAUACAUGUAAGCUGUCUACAUGGACCGAUGAUGAACACAGCCUUGUCACUUGCGAAAUAAAUGUCAGCGUUUGGCCAAAUGGAAUGUUUUACUACAAAUGCUCCUCAUACCAACAGGGUCAGUUGACAGUCUCACAAUCAACGUCUUUGAGCGCAAGAAAAAUAAAUUUUUACAACAAAGGGGAGUCAUCUGUCCUGCUCAUAAAUUCGACUUGCAAGCCAGUAGCACUGACUCUACAACUGAUCGACAUGUACAAGCAGCUUGAUAAGGGAAAGAGUUGGACUCUUGAAUUGCCAUUAUCUUGUUCAGGAGCAACGAGUCUGAACUACCGGGGAAAGUGCUCCGUUGAAAUAUUCCACGUCUGUCGCGAAGUAAAAACUCAAGUGGAUAAAAAAGUGUUUGACUUGAAGGAUGGUGAAAUCGAGGAAUGCGAACACGCCAAGAGCAUGCUUGGUAAAUUUGCCGUGAGUAGUUUUGCUGCAUCUUUUGGAGUCAACGAUGACUGGUCAGCGGCUCUGGCUCUCACCACAAUAAUAGAGCUGGUUUUGAUCGUAACAACUCUCGUCAUCAAGGUCAUUGUCGUCGGGCUUAAAAAAGGCAGGAACUCAUCAAGAGAAGAAUUUUUUGAUCGCUUCUUCAAAGCCGCGAGAGUAACUCGCGGCGAUUCCAUGGAUAAGAUCAAGGAAGGUGGGCCUCGUCAAUUUUGCCAAUUAAAAAAAUAUAUAUUCGAUAAAACUCUAUAUCAAACAUGUUAUCGUGAUAUAAAGGAGAGAGAGAUCUUAAACCGGCGUCUUUCUGGUGUUUUGGGCACGUCAGGUUGUUGUUGUUGUUUCUUUUUUAAAUAUUGAACCUCACUCUUCUCUGGCGAAACCAAAUGCAUAUUAAGGACUC